GCGGGAGAGGAGGGUGUGUGGGACUAGCUGCUCCUGACAGAAGGAUGCUGCAGUUGAGCCUGUCCUGGCUGGGCCUCGGGCCCGUGGCAGCAUCCCCGUGGCUGCUCCUGCUGCUGGUCGGGGGCUCCUGGCUCCUGGCCCGUGUCCUGGCCUGGACCUACACCUUCUAUGACAACUGCCGCCCUCCGAAACAGAACUGGUUUUGGGGACACCAGGGCCUGAUCACUUCCACGGAAGAGGGCGUGAAGAAGUUCACCCAGCUCGUGGCCACCUAUCCCCAAGGCUUUAAGUUUUGGAUGGGUCCUACCUUUCCCAUCCUCAUGUUAUGCUACCCUGACACUAUCCGGCCUAUCACCAGUGCCUCAGCUGCUGUUGCACCCAAGGAUAUGUUUUUCUAUGGCUUCCUGAAGCCCUGGCUGGGGGAUGGGCUCCUGCUGAGUGGUGGUGACAAGUGGAGCCGCCACCGUCGCAUGCUGACGCCUGCCUUCCAUUUCAACAUCCUGAAGCCUUAUAUGAAGAUUUUCAACAAGAGUGUGAACAUCAUGCACGACAAGUGGCAGCGCCUGGCCUCAGAGGGCAAUGCCAAACUGGACAUGUUUGAGCACAUCAGCCUUAUGACCUUGGACAGUCUGCAGAAAUGCGUCUUCAGCUUUGAAAGCAAUUGUCAGGAGAAGCCCAGUGAAUAUAUUGCCGCCAUCUUGGAGCUCAGUGCACUUAUAGAAAAAAGAAACCAGCAUGUUCUCUUGUACCCGGGCUUCGUGUAUUACCUCACUCCUGAUGGGCAGCGCUUCCGCAGGGCCUGCCGCCUGGUGCAUGACUUCACAGAUGCCGUCAUCCAGGAGCGGCGCCGAACCCUCCCCACUCAGGGUAUUGAUGAUUACCUCAAGAACAAGGCAAAGUCCAAGACUUUGGACUUCAUUGAUGUGCUUCUGCUGAGCAAGGAUGAAGAUGGGAAGGAGUUGUCUGAUGAGGACAUAAGAGCAGAAGCUGACACCUUCAUGUUUGAGGGCCAUGACACCACAGCCAGUGGUCUCUCCUGGAUCCUACACCACCUCGCACAGCACCCAGAAUACCAGGAACGCUGCCGGCAAGAAGUGCGAGAGCUUCUGAAGGACCGUGAGCCUGUUGAGAUUGAAUGGGAUGACUUGGCCCAGCUGCCCUUCCUGACCAUGUGCAUUAAGGAGAGCCUGCGGCUGCAUCCCCCAGUUCCUGCCAUCUCCCGAUGCUGCACCCAAGACAUUGUGCUCCCAGAUGGCCGGAUCAUCCCUAAAGGCAUUGUCUGCAUCAUCAGUAUUUUUGGGAUCCAUCACAACCCAAAUGUGUGGCCAGACCCUGAGGUCUACGAUCCCUUUCGCUUUGACCCAGAGAACAUCAAGGAGAGGUCACCUCUGGCUUUUAUUCCCUUCUCGGCAGGGCCCAGAAACUGCAUUGGGCAGGCGUUCGCCAUGGCUGAGAUGAAGGUGGUCCUGGCACUCACGCUGCUGUGCUUCCGCAUCCUGCCGACCCACCUUGAGCCCGGCAGGAAGCCGGAGCUGAUAUUGCGUGCAGAGGGUGGACUUUGGCUGCGGGUGGAGCCCCUGGAUGUGAACUCACAGUGA